GCUUGGUGGAUGGCGGGCGCCAGUAGGUGCGGGAAGCGGGACGGUGGCGGCGGCAGUAGCAGUGUCUCCUUCUGAGGCGGACCCAGCGGCCUGAACUGUGGCAACUGACGCCUCCCAGCUGCCGGGUAGCCAGAGAUCCACAGCCUGCGCUGCAUCUGAGCUGCCCGCUGCCGCCAAGAUAGCGGCAGCCGCGCCCCUCUUCUCGGGCCCAGCGUGUCCGCCGCCGCAUUUUAACCGAUAUCGGUGACUCCACACAAACGGGCGGAGUUCUUGGGCUGGUGUCAGCUUGAUCCUUUCUAUCGAAUAAACAAUUAGUGGACAAACAAUUAGUGGGCAACGAUGGAAGAUUAUGAGGAGUUCUGCAAGAGGCAUUUAGCCAGGAUUCAGUCUGAAAUGGUAAAAAAUGAAAUUUCCCGAUCAGUUUACCAGAAGAACACCUCUGUUAUUCGAUUCCAUGGGAUAGCUGUACUUUCUCCUCUGAUGAACACAGAAAGAAAACUGGAAAUGCAGCAGUACAGACAAAAGGCUAUGGAAUUGGAGCUAGGUCGGUACAAAGCAAGAAAAAGUGCCUUACUUACCCGUGUGGAAGAAAUUAUUGAAAAUGUACAGGUAUGUAAAGUGCCAAGCACUGCUGAAUGUGCAAGAGAUCUUAUUACCGAACCUCCAGCAAAUGACUUCACAACAAUACCACAUACUAACAAGUCUUCAGUUUCACCAAUGUUUACUGAAAAAUCCGAGGACCUUAUUCUAUCAUCAAAGCCGCUGUUGAAAUUAAAGGAAAAUAUUUCCAAUGGAAACUCUGAUGAAAGAUGUACUGAAAUAAGUGACCUUCCUAAAUCAACUUGUAGCAUCCAAACUAAUGACGCUAGUUCAAUAUUUGUGAGUCCUAUAAAAGAAUCAAAAACUGAUGUACUGCCACCUGCAAAGGAAUCUCCUGAUCAUUAUGCAAUGAGUCUCCAGAAUCUGCUUAAAAAGUCAAGGGAAUACAUAGAGAAAGAACAAAAUCGACGUAGUGGGAAAAAUGUUUUCAAGGAAGGUACAAAUGAAAGCCAUUCAGAUAAAGAAAAUGAAGGUGUUAAAGUCGAUGACUGGGAAAAUGGAAGAAACAAAAUUUCUAACAAAAGUCAAAGUCCUAGUCCUGUGAUAGUUGAUAAAUCGAGCAGUGCAAGGUCAUCUUUGCAAUCUCAAGUUGCCUCUGUGACCAAUGAAAGCUUUGAAUUGCAUGAUAAAACGGCACUUGGCAUGUCUGCUUCAGAUUUAUGUACAAAUUUAGACUUUGCAGCAAAGUCGAUGAAAGGCUCAUCUAAAGAAUUUGAGUCAGAUGAGGAAUGGAUAAACAGCUCGGCAUAUGAAUAUGAAAGUAGUUUGCUUAAAAGUCUAACGGGAUCUUAUGCCAAACUGCCCAAUCCAGAACCAAGUCGUAGUCCCAAAAUACACCAAAGACGUCCCAGAACAUCAGCCAAUAUUGUUAUUAAUAACCCAGUGAAUGCUUAUGAGCUAAGCCCAAAAGAAAAAUUCAGUGGCCUACCUGGGACAAAUCAAGGUCAAAUAAAUAUUGGUAGUCUUGAUGUAAGGAGAGCUAUUCCAAAUGAGCUUCCAACAGUUGUCAAUCAAGAAGAAAUUGAAAGAAGCGCUGGGAAACUACAAGAUCUUUCAAUGUCUUUGGGAAAGAUAAAUGAUACAGUUACAAAAAAUAAUUCACAAUAUACCUGCUCAGAAUUUUCUGUAAAGUCUGAAAUAAAUAAGAUUGGAACCGUAGUUGAUAAUGAAGUUCAUUUACCAAUAAGGAGCUUGAUUCAUAAAGAUUCAUAUGAUUUGGAAAGGACUUCUUCAUUACUUGCAAGUAAACUAGAAAUAAGUCAGCUAUCAGCAACCCAGAAUGAACUUGAUCUCAAUGGCCAAAAGACUACCAGCCUGAUUGAAAAGGCUAAACAAGGUUCACCUGUUGUGCUUAAUAAAUCUUAUGAUGUCAAACAUCCAUCUCCAGUGCUACUGCAAGCUCAAAGUACAAGGCAACAGACAGAUUUCUUGGUUGCAUCUUCCGAAAGUGAAAAGAGUCCACAAAGCAACGUGGACAUUAAAGCCAAACGUAAGUUGGACCUGGGUACUCUAAAUGCCAAAGAAAGCAAACAGUUCGCUGUAAAAACUACAACCUCAUUUGUUCAGGAGAUGAACAGGUUGAUUCAAGAAAGACAUCAAAGAGUUCCUGUAAUCAGGAAUGAAAGUGAAGUGCCCUUAAAUAUCCACAUUAAGCAAGUAGAUGAAGAGCUUAUCACAAAACAGAUGAUGGCUUUUGUAGAAAUGCGAAAGCAACUAGAAGAACAACAUACCUUGCAACUCUCUAUGCUAAUAGCUGAACAAGAGAAGGAGCAGGAGAAACUGCGAAGGGAAAUAGAAGAACAAGAAAGGCGACUGAGAGAGCAAACAAAUUUUCUGAGGGAAUCAUCUGAAAGUUGUUCAAGUAAAGGAACCUCUUUAGAUUGGAAGAGAAUAAAUGGAAACUAUCUCGUGUCUUCCUUGAUCAAUAGAGUGGAUGGCAGUCAUUCUGUGCUCACCAGCAAUUCAAUAAGCCCUGACUCUUCAUUCAAUCGAUGGGGAGUUAGGGAUGAUGAAGUCCAGUCUUCCAGUUUCGUUGGCAGGCUGAGGAGUAGGUGGUCACAGAUGAAUACACCAGAAAGCCAACACAAAUUUAAUAAGAUUACAGCUCUGGCAAAAGGAUUUCUAACCCGCAGACUGAUGAAAACAGUGAAACUAAAACAGCUUCAGCAGACUGUAAAAGAUACCAUGGAAUUUAUAAAUAACUUGCAGACAGAAACGCCCUUGAAGAGAGGUGCAGUUUCAUCACAAGAUAUUUCGCUGCAGGAAAGAGUUGUUGCUCAGUUGCGAGCUGCACUUUAUGAGAUACAUGACAUCUUCUUUGUAUUAAAUCCUAAUGAGAGAAUGCAGAUAUUAUCUCAAGAUCGGGAAAUUCGCAAAGAAAAACAACUGAGGCAAAUGGAGAAAUGGAAGAGUCCUAAAGAAAGAAUAGCCCUUUCAGUUGCAACGCAGAAAUCUUUAGACAGAAAAAGGCAAAUUAAGGCUGCUGAAGUGGGAAUAACUAGUAAACAAAAGUCACAAGCGAAACAAAAGGCUUCAUGUGAAACCAGAAUUCUUCAACCAAGUCAGGGGCAGAAUGCCCCAGCUCAAAGACUACUACACAGACAAGGAGUCCACACUUCUAAAAAGGGGGUUGAAAAGAAUAGAGAGAGGGACUCAGAAAGCAGAUUUCCUAGGAAAACUGUUCCAGGAGUAUGUCCAGGAAGAGCGCUGAAAACAAAGUCAAGCAUUACGACACGCUGAGGAAACAGCACUCAGUAGGAUGAAUGGUGCUGCACAGUUGCUUGACAUUUGAAAAGAUCCAUCUUUCAAUAAAAAAAAAUUGUAAUGAAAUGCUGUUACUCUAUUUGAAGAAAUUUUGCAAGUGUCAAACUUUCUAAAUUCUCACUAAAUAAUUAUUAACAAUUCUGUACCUCACAAACUGAAAGGCAUACACUCCAAGAAUUUCAUCAAAGUGCAUCUGUUAACAACUAGAUGGUCUAGUUGUUUCUUGCACUGAUUUUAUAUAUUUGUGUGACUGAAGAGGGACUGUUGUUAGAAAUAGUAUCUCAAAUGUAUUUGGUUUUCUCUAUUGUCUGUAAACUAAAUGUAGAAUUUACUUUCUCUUUCUUGAUGUUAAAAAUGCAGCUGUUAAAGGGAGAAUUUACUCUGAAAUGCAUUAACUUUUGGGUUAAUUCGGCCAAAACUCUGCAAAAUGUUCCAUUGUAAUAUUUGCAUACUAACUUUAAUUAUUGAAGCAUGCACUUAAACAAAUGACAAGAUUUUCUCAAGCAUUAUGAUGAAUUCUUACCUAGAUAACUAAAAGACCUUGCGUUUGACAGAUGCCAUUUCCAGUCAAUGCAAAUGAAUAUUUCUUGGUUAUAUAAAUAACCUCUUAUUUAUGUUUAAAUCGCGUUGUUUUGUUGCCAAUAAUUUUAUUUUUUUAUAAUGUUUCAAUUAUGUAUUUAUGUUGUGCAUGUUGCAAAAUAAACUAUUUGACUAUUUGCAUUUUUGAAGGCUUUUUGCAAUAAAUUACUUAGAUUCAAAAAUCUAAGUUUUUAAAGUC